GCGGGCGCAGGCGAGGGCACGGCAGACGCAGCGGCCUCUGGACAGCGCGAUGAAUGGACGGUGACUUCCGCGUCUGCAGACAAGAGGAGGAGAAGAUGAAGGAAGAUUGUCUGUCCAGUUCUCACGUGCCCAUCAGCGACAGCAAAUCCAUUCAGAGGUCGGAGCUCUUGAGCCUGCUGAAAACCUACAACUGCUACCAUGAGGGCACCAGCUUUCAGCUGAGACACAGAGAGGAAGAAGGGGCUCUGAUCGUCGAGGGGCUCCUCAGCAUCGCCUGGGGACUCAGGCGGCCCAUCCGACUGCAGGUGCAGGACGACCGGGAGCGCGUGCACCUCCCCUCAGCGUCGUGGGCACCCGCACGGCCCAGCAGCCACCCAAAGGAGCCACCUCCCCAGGAUGGCAGGGUCACUGCCCAGGAGCCAGGCACUCAGCCAGCGCGCAAGGCCGAGAGUUCCAGGGACAGCGCAGGGCCCCCGGAGGAGGACGAGGAGAUCCCACAGCUCAUGCGCACCAAGAGCGACGCCAGCUGCAUGAUCCAGAGGAGGCCCAAGUGCCGCGCGCCCGGCGAGGCCCAGCGCCUCCGGAGACACCGGUUCUCCAUCAACGGGCACUUUUACAAUCACAAGACCUCCGUGUUUACUCCGGCCUAUGGGUCCGUGACCAACGUGAGGGUCAACAGCACCAUGACAACCCCACACGUGCUCACCCUGCUGCUGAACAAGUUCAGGGUGGAAGACGGCCCCAGUGAGUUUGCGCUCUACAUCCUUCACGAGUCCGGGGAGCGGACAAAAUUAAGAGACUGUGAGUACCCGCUGAUUUCUAGAAUCCUGCACGGGCCGUGUGAGAAGAUCGUCAAGAUAUUCCUGAUGGAAGCUGACCUGGGCGUGGAGGUGCCCCACGAGGUUGCUCAGUACAUUAAGUUUGAAAUGCCGGUGCUGGACAGUUUUGUUGAAAAAUUAAAAGAAGAGGAGGAAAGAGAAAUAAUGAAACUGACCAUGAAGUUCCAAGCCCUGCGUCUGACGAUGCUCCAGCGCCUGGAGCAGCUGGUAGGGGGUGAGUAGCUGGCCAGCGCCUGCCGCUUCCGAAGGCUCUAGCAGCAGCAGAUGCACCUGAGCCCCGGCGGCAGGGCCCUGGCUGGUCACACCGAUGACGGCCGCCACCUGAGCAGUCUGCACCUGUGCUUCCGCCUGUCUGAAGCCCAAGUACCACGAGUCCCCCAGCCCUAGCUCUCGGCGCUGAAGCGAGCACUCACAGGGAGCAGACCCAGAUCGCCAGGCGGGAUCUGCGUGGCCAGUCCUGCCCAUGCCACACCUUUCCUGCUCAGGAGAGCAGUACUGGACCAGUGCCUGGGGCACGGGCUUUAUCCACUUGCUCAGUGCCUGGCCCAGAGCCCCUGCGUGAACCACGAGAUCCCUGUCAACACUCACGUCAUGCUGCCACACAGGAACUCUGCUGGGAAAAGCAGGGACUGCCAGCAGGUAUGGGACCUGCCCUGCUCCCAGCCAUUGCCUCCACGGUGUGCCCAGCCUCCAAGCUUCCGAUGUCACCCAUGAGCCUUGCACAACCUGGCCCCUGGGGGCAGAGGUGAGAGCAGGAAUAAGACCACCUUCCCUCUGCAGAAAUCAGUCUUAACUUCAUCAGCAAGAUUUGAAGGAAUCCUUGUGAGAAGCUGGAAGAAACACAAUGCGGUCCCAUUGGGGGGCGGUUCACACUACGUUGAAAGGGUGCUGACCCAGGUGGAUGCCCCGCAGCGGCUCUGGAAGGCAGUGCUCAGCCCCAUCCCACAGUCCCGUGGACGGCUGUCUGCCUC